AUGAUUGGUUCUUUAUUGUAUUUAACUGCUAGUCAUCCAGAUAUAAUGUUUAGUGUUUGCUUAUGUGCUCGUUUUCAAGCUAACCCAAAAGAAUCUCACUUAACGGCAGUUAAGAGAAUCUUUAGAUACUUACAUGGGACUAAAGACUUUGGUCUAUGGUACCCUAGUUGUGGAAAUUUUGGUUUGAUAGGUUUUUCAGAUGCUGAUUAUGCUGGAUACAAGGUUGAUAGAAAAAGCACCUCAGGAUCGUGUCAAUUUUUAGGAAAUUCAUUGAUCUCAUGGUAUUCUAAAAAGCAAAAUUCAGUUGCUUUAUCUACAGCUGAAGCUGAAUACAAUGCUGCCGGUGCAUGUUGUUCUCAUAUUCUAUGGAUUGCUCAACAACUUAGAGAUCUUGGAAUUGAUCUCAAAGGCAUACCAAUAAAGUGUGAUAAUACUAGUGCUAUUUGUAUUACAAAGAAUCCUGUGCAACAUUCUCGAACAAAACACAUUGAGGUACGUCACCAUUUUAUAAGGGAUCAUGUUGAAAAAGGUAACAUUUCCUUAUCUUUUAUACCUACUGAAAAUCAAUUAGCGGAUAUAUUUACAAAACCUUUAAGUGUUGAUCGUUUUGCAUAUAUACGCAUGGAACUUGGCAAACGUUUGAGUAAAUCUUCAUCUAAGUAUGAGAAGGGCGAAUCAUCAAGAACACCAAUGGCUGAACCAGUUUCCCCGGUUCCUUCGCCAUUAAACACAUUUGAAGUUCCUAAAAUAUGA